AUGACCAGUUGCCAUCCUGCUACAUGGGUGAUGUGGAAAGUGCUCCGCAGUGCCCCAAAAUUUCCCUUGGGACCAUCUCAGCAUCCCACUGCUCGGCUGCAGGGCUUUUGCAUGGGGUCCCAAUCACCACCACCUCUGUCACACCCUAUUGAACCCUGUCUUUUCUGGAAACUUUUGCCUCUGACACUUCCUCGAACACUUGCAUUGUGCACGAACUGCAAUUUGCUGGGACAGGAUACUGGCCCAUCUGCUGUCCGCUCUUUGUGUUCCCUUGAGUUCAUUCAGGUGAGUUUUAGGAAAUACCUUACAAACAAGCAUUCUAAGGACAGUCUGCGGGUGUUCGGUGCCUUCGAUCUAGACAACCUGUCACACACACAGCCACAAGCGAAUUUGAAGCAUGUGGACGGAUGUGCCUUGCAUCCCUUUGCCUGGUGCUGCUUUGGAGGUGGCAAGGAUGCAGUAUUGAAUACUAAAGCGACAAACAAAGGUGUAUCAAGGUGA